AUGGGGAAAGGGAAUGAAACUGCACCCAAUAGUUUCAUUCUCCUGGGCCUCUUCUCUGACUCCAAGUAUCCUGGAAUUCUCAUCUCCAUCAUCCUUGUGAUUUAUGUUAUUGCUGUUACUGGAAACUCCAUCCUGAUCCUCCUCAUCUGGCUGGACUCCCAGCUCCACAUCCCCAUGUAUGUCCUGCUCAGUCAACUUUCACUCAUGGACUUGACCUUAACAACCUCUACCAUCACUAAGAUGGCCAUUGACUUCUUUUCAGGGAAGAGAUACAUCUCACAAGUUGGCUGUGGGACCCAGAUGUUCUUCUACUUGACAGUGGGAAUAGCUGAGUGUGUCUUCCUGAAACUCAUGGCUUAUGAUCGCUAUGUGGCCAUUUGUAACCCACUGAGAUAUCCGGUCCUCAUGAGCCCCAGGGUCUGCCUGAUGAUGGUCAUCAUAUCCUGGGGUAGGAGUGCUUUUACUUCCUUAUCCCAUACCAGCUACAUAAUGCAUUUUCCCACCUGUGGCUCCAGGGAGAUUCACCACUUCUUCUGUGAAGUAAUGGCUUUUCUAAAGCUCUCUUGUGAGGACACAUCAAUUUAUGAAAAAGUGGUAUUGGUCACAGGCACAGUAUUACUCCUCAUCCCAUUUGGUCUCAUCUUGGCUUCCUACGCCCUCAUCUUCCUUACUGUUCUUCGUAUGAACUCCCUCAAAGGGAGGAACAAAGCUCUGGUCACCUGCUCCUCCCACUUGACUGUGGUGAGUCUCUACUUUGGUCCAAUCAUGAUUAUCUACAUUACCCCAUGUUCCUCUCUUACCCUAGAACUAAAUCAACAUCUCUUUGUAUUUGAUACAGUAAUUACUCCUCUAUUGAACCCUUUUAUCUAUAGUCUUCGAAACAAAGAGGUAAUGAAGGCUUUAAAAAUGGUUCUAAGCAUAUCACUCAUGUCAAAAUAA